GUGCAAUGAUAACAAAGGCCUAAACACGCCAUCGUUAAUCAUAACUUUACUAGUAUAGUAAAUAUAAUGAUGUGGAGUAAUAGACAUAGGAUAAAAAUUUUUCAUUACCUAGGGUAGUAACUACCGUAAUCAAUAAAGUAAAUAAAUAAUCAGUAAUGCUACCAAACAAUAAUAUAUCAUCGUCCUGACAUAAGUACAAAAAUGUCGUUUAGGAAGCAUAAUAAUAAAUACACCGUCGACUUCAAAGCGCGACUCGAGCAUAAAUUAUACCUGGCCAGAGAAAAUCCAGAACCAAUUUUUGAUAUUUCAAAUUGUGCGUUAAAAACAAUUCCGUCGGGUAUAUUUUCACUUUGCAAAGUAUUUAGAAAAAAAGAAUUAAAAUUAAAUGUUAAUAAAUUAACUUCAUUAUCCGGAGGCGGGCAAUUGGAGGAUUUAUCGCUGAUCAAAUUACUUGAUAUUAGCGACAAUGAGUUUGCUAAUUUACCGAGUGAUAUUUAUCAUCUAGAGUUACUUGAAGAACUUUAUUUGCAGAAUAAUAAUUUAAAAAAAUUACCAACAGAAAUAACCGAAUUAUCAAAGCUCAAGAUCCUCAAUGUGUCGAAUAAUAAAUUAAAAUUUCUUCCAGACACAAUGGGAAGCUUAAAAAAUUUGAAUAUCCUGGACAUAAGUGACAACCCGCUGACAAAAUUACCAAAGUCACUAGGAGAAGCACAAAAAUUGAUAGAGUUAAAGCUAGAUAAUGUUGAUUUAAUUUAUCCCCCGCUAUUUGUUGUCCAAGGUGGUGCCAUAGCAAUUGUCGCGUACUUGGCGCAGGAGUUGGGUGUCAAUUACGCGACGCGUGAUGCAUUUCUGGAUGCACAAUUGGAAAAAUUACAUAAUAAUGACAAUGAAAGGCUGGUAGAGACUAAAGAUAAUUUACAGGUAGCAUUAAUGCAACUAGAAACAUCAAAGGAGAGACGUCAGAAUGCUUUGCUGGAAGUCGAGAAGAACAUCCGAGAGCAACAAGAGUAUGAGUUACACCUGCAGUCUAUUAACAAAGACAUGAAGAAGAAAUUACUGGAGGACUUGGUGGAGCAGCAGACGAGACUGGAGUCGGAGAUCGAACGAGUCCAGCAAGAACGCGAAUUAAAUCGCAAUAAAUUAUUGUCUUUUAUUUAUAACGCUGAACAAGAAGCUGACAGCGUUAUCGAAAAAUUUUUGAGGAGCUCGGAAGCUGAACGGCUCGCACAAGCUCAGCUUUUGGAGAUGGAGAAUAAAGAGCAGCUGGAAUUGUUGUCGCAGUCUCAUUUGGAUCAAUCUUUAUGCCGGACACGCGAAACUCUCUUAUCGAUGGAGGAGCUGCUGAAAGAAGAAUUAUUGACGGAGAAAAAAAUAGAAGAGUAUAACAAAUUCCGAGACUGUAAUGCUCAAUCGUUGUUAACAUUAGAAUUAAGGAGUAAUAAUCACCUAGCUUCAAUAGUUAAAAAUCAAAAACAAGACCGCGAAGAGAUGAUAAACCAGCUGCGUAAGGAUGAGGGUCUGCAAAAGGCUGCUCUAACGGCUCUGUUGGAGCGCAGUGACGCCAGGUCUUGGAGUAUCGUCCAACAAGUGAACUUGAUCCAGUCCCAGUUAGUUACUCUGACUAAUAUUGAGUUGGAGCGGAAGAAAUUGGAAAUUACUCAACAAAUUAAUGAUAUUGCUGACAAGAGAAUUAUAUUGAGUAAUAUCCUAGUGGGUUUGUUGGAACAGCAAGAUAAAAGACGGGCAGAGCUACUGGAGACGAUUAAGAAAAUAGAAUUAAGCCGCGACAACGAUACCGAACGUCGCGGGAGUUUGUUCUGGCUGAUGCAGUAUCAGUCGCUGAUGGAAGCGCGGCCUCAAGGGUUGCUCGAAGGGUUGGAGCCAAUGCUAGUCAGACACGUAGCUAUCGCUGGGGCUCUACACUGCCUGCCUUUCUUGGCUUCUCUGCCGUCACUGUUGCCUAAUGUUGAUCACGAUCAACUUAUUUCGAUUGGAAUCAAUAAUGCAGAUGAUAGACAAGCGAUUAUAUUGGCGGUAGAAAAUUAUAAUGCGGAGAAAAAAUUAUGCUCAGAAGAAACGCAAUUACCAACGGCGCCGAUUGAUGAACCGUGUAGCAGUAGUACAAAUUCACAAGACAGAGAUAUUUCACGGAUUGAUAUGACUGAAUGUGUCGUUUGUUUUGAUUCACAGUGUGAAAUAAUUUUUAUACCAUGUGGUCAUCUAUGUUGUUGCGCGAAAUGUUCGAAUAUGGUACUAAAUGAAUGCCCAAUGUGCCGCGGCUCUAUACAGCGCAAAAUUCAAGUGCACAGGCCUUGAAUUUCCAUUCCAAUUAUUUUUUUUUUUUAUAGAAAAAAAUAAAAUUAAUUUUUAUCAAAAUACUCAUCACAAAGCUUUCAUUAAAUAAAAUCACUAGAAUUCACAAAAUUGCUUUUUUAAAACUAAUCCAAUUUCAUAUUAAUAAUAUAAAUUUUUUAAUAAUUAAAUUAAAGGUUUUUAUACCACAAUUGCCUAAUUAUCAGCAAAUUUUUUAACGGCUUAAUGAGAGUGAAUACGUGAAACAAAAAAAAACAAAAAGUAAAUUGCAUUUUUGUGCCUCGUUAAAUCGUUUGUAAACCAAAGUUAAGUGAGUACUGAAUGAAUAGAC